AUGGCCGUGCUGAAUUUGAAAAAUGUGAAUUUGGUCAAACUCCUUAGCCACGACCAGUACGAUCUGAUGGCAGCAGUAGGACACAGGUCCAUUGUGAUACUGAACAGCAGUCUCAUUCAGCUCUCAAGAUACCUGGAUUCAGACACAGAGGAGAAGUUUCUAUGUGCUGCCUUUCUGGAGCUGCAUCCAUCCUGGCGCAGUAUUAAUGGUGAUAAUAAGUCUGAGAAGACUGAAAAUGAUAGAAACAGCAGCUGUAUCCAUCUGGCAGUUGCUGGCGAAUCAGGUUUAGUCAAAAUUCUGAACCUAAAAACAGGGCGAAUUGUUCAAAUUCUUAGGGGACACACUGGGGCAAUAACGUGCAUAAAAACAGUAGGAAAUAAAGUGAUCACAGGAAGCUACGACAGCUCAAUACGUGUAUGGGACGUAGUAACAGGGGAGUGUACGACCACAAUGGGUGGAAUACUGUGCCACCGUGACGUAGUGCUAGCCAUUGACAUCCACAGGCAUCACCACAAAAUCACAUCAGUUGGAACUGAUUGCACAAUUCGCGAAUGGGAGCUGACUGGUGAUGAAUUCAUCAAUAAACCAAAAUACGAAUACCACGAGAUCCAUAAGACACACGUUCAAGACGUACGUUACUACGGUGACCUGAUUAUUUCUCUUGGAAAUGAUUCAGUGGCAGUGACACCAAGCCACGAUGUCCUGAACCAGUACGAAAACACAGGCGACUUAUUCAGCAAUGUUUCAACCGACUUCUUUAGGGAUAAAACAGCACUGCUUCUUGGUAGAAUCAGCCUCUACGAGUUUUGUAGGUCGUUUAAGGUGGUUGGAACAUUUCUGAUGGCAGUUGGAACAAAUGGGGAGAUGUAUCUCUUUGAUCUGAGAAAAACAGGCGAAGAUAAUCAGCCUCUCAGAAUCAGCCUGAAUUCAGGAAGGUGCCAGGAUUUCGUUUAUGUUGGUGAUAGAAUAUUCAUUACUGAUGGUUCGGCCAUUCAGACGAAGCUGUUUGAUUUGAAUUCAUUUAGGUAA